AUGGCCAUGGCGUGUUUGGUUACUGUUCCUAAAACGGAUAUAAAGUUAAAACUAGUAAAAGACUUUACUAGUGGUAUAUUUAUUGAUAAUUCGGGUUCAACAUGUUCACAAUUGACUUCAAUAGGAAAAACUGUUUUACAAGCUGAAUUAAGUAUUUGUCAAGCUACGCGAUUUGAUCAUAUAGUUCUUUGGAAUUCAUCUGCUGAACUAUGUACAAAUGUAGCAUUAGCAAAAUCAGAAGGUGGUACAUAUCCAAUAACUAUAUUUCAAAAUGGAGCAACAAAAAAUGCAUUUUAUCAAUCGGAUGUUAUCGUUUUUGUUACUGACGGAGAAAUUGAUAACGCAAGCGUGACACAGUUUCAAACACACGCAAACGAGAAUCUAAACAAAGCAUUAGUUAUUUGUAUAAUGGUUCAUAAUAAAUUGCCAACACCGUCACAAAUCAACGUUUCCGUUGUUGCGCCAUUAAUGAUGGCAGCGAACGUUCUAUGUCUCUAUUAUGAUGGUGAAGUAUUUUAUGUUCUUUCAUCAAAAGGUCCUAUUAGCGAACAUUAUAAAUCGUCCGAGAUUUUAACGGAUUAUGAAAAAUUAAAUACAUUAGAUAUGAAAGAUUUAUUUCAUGGUACAAAAAUUCAUGACAAUGUAAAACUUCCCGAUGGUCACAUCGCACUACGUGAAAAUGAGCAAGAAAUUGUUGCUAUUGAUUUUAAUAAAUUUUUAGCCGUAAAAGAUCUUGAUUUAAGAUUAACUCUAACUGAAGAUGAUUGGAAGACAUUAAUUCAGUACGCAAAAAUUGGUAAUAAACUACAUGAUUUCCGAACUUUUGUUGCUCAUAUGAAAAAUGAAUCUAUUAAAAUCGAUAAAGAAGGAAUACGAUCAAAGUUCGAUUUUAUAUAUUUAAAACAACGUGAUGAAAUUGUUUCAAAAAUUGUCCAAUUGAAAUUAAAUGAAAAUUCCAAUUCAACUGAAUUGAAUCAACUUCGUCAACAACUUUAUGAAAUAUCCGAUCAAGCUAAAAUUGAAGAAAUUCAAUAUCUUCAAUACAUGUCAUUACAUCUUCACACAACUCGUCAAUUUUGGAGUAACAUACAAAAUUUAAUACACGAGCAAGAAAAAGGUUCUUAUUCAAUCAAUGAUUUUACGUUUGCUUCAAAUCGUGCUAACCGCGCAAAGAUAUCAACAACAAAUGCUGAUGAAUACUCUGAUGCAAUCAAUAUUUUAGAUCAUAGCAACGUUCCGUUAUUUGAAUGUGCUAUUUGUAUGGAACAAGGGCCCUUUGUACUUUGGUUAAAUGCUCCCAGUGAUCUCGAUUGUACGACAAAUGAUUUUAUUAUUAAUUUUCCACUCGAAGGUAAUGAAAAGCUAAAGAAUUGUAUUGUUUCAAAUCCAGUUUGUGGUUUUUGUGCUAAAUCUUACAUCAAUGUGGCAAUGAAUAAUGCAAAUCAAUUGAUAACGCUCUACCGAGAGCCAUGUGCUGGUUUUAUUCCAUUAAACUGGUCGAACAAAUCAAAUCGAUCAUUGAUAAAUACUUCACUGUAUCGAAUUUUAACAGGAAAUAAAAUUCUUCAUCACGUUCAAAUGCUACUCUUAGCAAUGAUUGAUGAUAACCGAUCCAGUUGGCUUAAUGAGAACGUAAAAGAUUAUUUGAUUAAACAAAUCAUGGAAAAUAUUUCUACGACGGAUUCAUUUUCUGAAGAAGGAACACGAAUGGAGUUUAUUCUGGCUUUAAAAGAGAUAAUCAAACAAGAAGAUAAAUUAUUUCGACAACCGUUUAAUUCUGUUUGUAGAAUUUUACGUUUCAAUUAUCUAUUUCAUCAGCUUGAUAAAGAAACGAUUCAAACACUUUUAAGAAAACGUUUUACUCUUAUGUGUAUUGAAAAGCAAUGUUCUAAAACAAAGUUUGGUCCUGAACAUUUAUGCGUUGCUAAACAAGAUUUAUAUGAUAUACUUUUUGAUACAUUAUGCGGAAUUCCUCUGCAAAAUUCAUUGAGAGCAAUCGAAAUUAGUAACUCAAAGUUAAAAAAAUUUCUAGGUGAAUCUUACGAUACUAGUAUGAAAUCUAUUGAUCAAAUUGCUGAUAAUAUGGGUGUAGAUCAUUUAACAAUACUUCCAAAGGAGACCGUUUCGUUUAUUCUGUAUAUCUUAACAACUGUCAUUAUGCAUGAUCGACCUAUGAAAUUAUACGCCGAUUUUGCGUUGAAACAUCAACCGCUACGUGACAAUAUGCAAAUAGAAUGGUAUAAAUUCGAAAAAAUGGCCAACGAAAAUGUGUUUGGUCAUUAUCAUGCUUUACUUAUGUCGAGUUUUCCUGGCUAUGCAAUUAAUCUUGGCCGAUUUUCUUGUCCAAGUAAAUUAUUUUUCAAUGCUGAACCAUUAUGGACAAAAGAUAUUGAAAAUAAACGUAUUAACAUAACAACAGUGAUGAAUCAGAUAAAACAAAGCCUCGAUAGAAAAUUACACGAUCACUAUGGCAAUGCAGUUCCCAAUUCAUCAAGUGCGCAUUGCCUUUUACAUAGCACAGUAGCCGAAAUACUUGAAGAUAAAUACCCUCAUGAUGAAUCAAUCAAUGACUACAUGAUUUUGGAUUGCAUGAUUCAUAUAGGUCGAACUGCAGGAAGAAAAGGAAAUAUUUACGGCGAUCAUAUUUUCCCUUGUGUUAUUUUAACAAUUGAACAUUACUUAAUAUUUCGUAGAACAACAAAAAAUAUGGCAAAACUCGACGACGAAAGGCUAUCGCGUUCGUAUCAAUAUAAAACUAAAGCAGAAUUGAUUGCUAGCGGAAUGGAAUAUGAUGAAGAUAAAAAUGAAAUUUUAUUUGAACCAUCGAAAUUAAAAACUCCACAUGUGAUUCAAUUCGACACGAGUAAUAUUGAUUUUAAUGUUAUAAGAAAACGUGUUCAACAACUUUACAUUAAUUCAAAGCAAGGUUCGAAUAGCACUAAAAGUCAAACAUGCUUGAAUAUUGAAAUAAGCGAUUUUAUUGAAUUUGGCUAUAAUAUGGAUGUGAAAGAUCUUUUGUCUGCGUGGACUCAAGAACAAGAGAAUAUUGCUUCAUCAACCAUCACUGAUGUUGAUCAAAUCGCACAACCUCUGAAAUAUAUCGCUGGUUUAGAUAUUAGCUUUGUUAAAACCAAUGACAAAGCUGUCGCAUCCAUGGUUAUUUUUGAUUAUGAAACAUUGGAAAUUGUAGCAAAAAUUAGUGUGAAUUGCAAUAUGAAAAUUCCCUACAAAGCUGGUUAUUUAGCAUUUCGUGAAGCUCCAGUCUUUAUGAAAAUGCUAGACAUUCAGCAAGAACAUUGCCCUCAUUUGACACCACAAGUUAUUUUAAUGGAUGGAAACGGUGUUUGGCAUCCGCGUCGGGCUGGUAUUGCCUCACAUUUUGGUGUUUUAAGUGGAAUUCCGUGUUUUGGUGUAUCAAAAAAUGUUCUCCAUUGUGAUGGGGUCACUCGAGAACAUUUAGAAGAACUAUUAACCGAAAAAGCACCCGGAGAAGAUCAAUAUAUUGAAGUCACUGGUGAUAGGGGAUCUGUCCUCGGCUUAGCUUAUAAUGUAACUGGUUUUGUGAAAAAUGCGGUUUAUAUUAGUGCUGGGCAUAAAAUAACAUUGAAAACAGCGUGCGAUAUAUUCAAGUCUGUAACUCAGUAUCGUAAUUGCGAACCGAUACGGCAAGCUGAUUUACUUAGUCGAGAGAUGGUUGCGAAAAUUGCAUGA